AUGGCGUGUGACCUUGACGAGACAUGGGUAGAAUGCAUGGGUGAGUUCAAGGAAUUUAUUGGAAAGACCGGCAAUCCAUGGCGCUGCUACACCUGCGAGGGCGUUGAAAAGGAGACGAUGCUUAGUGCACCGGAGGUGAUGGACGCCAAGACGGAUCCCGGCUGCGGCUACGGCUCUAUUUGCUCCCUCAACUGCCUCUUGAAGGACGGCACAAUCCCGUCUGCAGCCACGUUAACAGGAGAGGCCUUGUUAGAUGUCAUGGACCUUAUUCACCUGAAGGAACUAAAUUAUCUGCAGGGGUUUUCUCUCACUUCCGGCUGUCUUGAGUUUUCUUAUUUUUUUUGCAUGGAUUUGUUAAAAGAGCAGAAUUUAACGCUGUACACCUACUGCCGUGCUCUUGCCCGAUGCAUAGAUUUGACGACGCGUGCGGUGAUGACCAUGAGGGUUCGAAGUGAUGAGGAGUUUAUUCCAUGGUUCAAGGCACUGGAUCCCGGGGAGGAUGUGACGGAGGAACAAAUAAUGAACGAACUGGAAGAGGCCGCAUGCAAGGCGGAGUCCGUCGCCAUUGCGGCAAGACUGCGGUGGCGGAAGCUUUUUCUCUCCAUUCUGAGCGGCUUUAUUCUUGGCAGUAAGAAGUCGGAUACGGAGAAGGCGUGUGCCACUUGCCAAGAGGCAUGCGAUCUUUUGGGUUCUGUUGAAUUUCGACGUGAGGCGGAGCCUGUGCAGGACGGCAGGUUCUUCCGUGAUGCGGAGGUAGGGUACUGGGCCAGCUCCUUCACUCCCACAAAACCGCUACCAUGCGCUCCUUUUGCGGAGGCCUUGCAGACAUACAAAACUCUGUUAAGCCAACUUGCAUCACUAAAGGAUCUUUACAUUCUGCCCUCGUUGCAGUGUAUCACGGAGUUUGUGGAGGCGUUGGGUGCACGGAAGCCACUGCUGCUUAUGAGAUCCGUAGCUGUCAUUUUGCUCUUUCGCCAUGACCCGAGUGAGUCGUUUCUGCAUGGCCCAUCGAUGCCGCAUCGCAUUCUGCAAGAGCUGGCGGAUGAGCAUGGUGCCCCGUUGUAUCUGAAAAUCUUUGCGGGCGAUGAGGAGAUGCUGGAGGGUGUGCUGAGGUACCGCAUCCAAAAAACUAUGGAUUCCUCGAAAAUUCCACCGGAUCAAUUAAUUUUCUUGCGGCAGCAAACCGUGGACGCCGUGCGUUCUUGGGCAGCUGAGAUGUCAAGGGUUUAUCUGGUUCACCUCGAGGCCAUGCUUUGUAACCGCGGCCUCGCCCAUCGUCGCCUCAUGAAUGCGUUGCCACAUUUGGGAUCCCUGCAGGAGUUGUCGUACACCACCGACAAAUCCGUUUUUCUUUCCCACAUCCCGUCCGCCUCUCCGGCACUGGAGGCGGAGGCGGCCAAACGCAUGCCGCUUCUUGCCAUUUACGUCAACCAACAUGUUCUCCAUGUCAUUCAGCUUCUUGUCUUACUGACGUUGGAGCUGAACCUCUUUACCCAGGCAGAGCUGAUUCCGGCUCUUUGGUACUGGAAUUUCACGCAGAGGGCGCAAAUUGAAAACCUUGGCUUGCUGACGCCUCCACCUGCCACCGUGAUUCCAGAGACACGCAUCAACCGCAGGACCAAAGUGCCGC